AUGGGUGUAUUAUCAACUGGUCGUCCAUUAACUUGGAAUGAAAUUGUACCAUAUCGAUCAAUAUUAAAAAAUCAUGCACUUAAUGAUUUAAUUACAAUAUUAAAUAAACAUCGUCAUAGAACAAAUGAUGCUUUUCUUUGGGGUGAUGAAAUUGAAUAUUCAUUACUUCGUUUUGAUCAUAAAACAAAACGUGUCCAAUUAUUACUUAAAGCUGAUGAAAUUUUAUCCAAAUUUAAUCAAUUAGAUUCAAAUGAAUUAUCUUCAAUAAUGUUUCAUGCUGAAGAUUGUAAUUUUGUAAUCGAAGGAAUUCCAUCAAUACCUUAUGGUUCUUUUUUCUUUCAUUAUAAUAGAGUUGAAUCAAAUAUGAAAUUAAGACGUGAACAAGUUGAAAAAUUCCUUGAUAAAAAUGAAUAUAUCUUAACAAUAUCUGCAUUUCCAAGAUUAGGAUGUAAUCGAUGUACUUAUCCUGAAUAUGAAAGUGAUCCAGAACAUAGUUUUGAACAUUCAAUCUGUUGUUCAGAUCAUUAUAAAACACCAAAUUAUCCAAGAACAAUGUUUUUAAAUCAAAAUGUAGUUGAACGUCGUCAAUCGAAAGUAUCUGUUAAUGUCCCAAUUUUAAAAGAUACGAAUACAUCAAAUCCAUUUCGUGAUGAUUUUUCUUCAUAUGGUGUUUCGAAUUGGAAAGAUUAUGUAAAUAAUAAUCUUCAAGAUAAUUAUAUUCAUUUAGAUUCAUCAUCAAUUGGUUGGGGAUGUUGUUGUUUACAAGUUACACUUCAAGCUCAAUCAUUUGAUGAAAGUCUUUAUCUUUAUGAUCAAUUAAUACCACUUACAUCAAUAUUUUUAUCAUUAAGUACAUCAUGUCCAAUAUGGCGUGGAUAUUUAAGUAAUGUUGAUAGUCGAUGGAAUAUUCUUAGUUCGACAACUGAUGAUCGAACAAAAGAAGAAAUUGAAAAGAAGUUAUUAAAUUCAUCACGUUAUUCAUCUGUUCCUUGUUAUUUAUCUGAUUCAAGUGAUAUUUAUAAUGAUACGAAUUUAAAUAUUGAUCAAGAAGUUUAUCAAAUAUUAAUUCAAAAUAAUUGUCCAUCAACAGUUGCAAAACAUUUUGCACAUUUAUUUUUACGUGAUCCACUUUAUGUUACUGAUGAACAAGUUCAUCCAAAAGACAAUCCAUCAAAUAGAUUUGCUUUUGAGAAUCAAAAUUCAAUGGUCUGGAAUUCUCUUCGAUUUAAACCACCUGUAUCAGAAGAUUCAGCAUCAUUAGGUUGGCGUAUUGAAUUUCGUCCAAUGGAGUUACAAAUAACUGAUUUUGAAAAUGCAGCAUUAUCUGUAUUUUUGACUUUAUUAACACGAGCAAUUCUAUCUUAUAAUAUUGAUCUUCGAAUGCCUAUUUCUCUUGUUAAUGAAAAUAUGGAACGAGCUCAAAUGAAAAAUAAUAUUCAAACGAAUAAAUUUCAUUUUCCAACUCAAAUAUUUCAUGAUAGAAAUUGUAAAAAACAUGAAACUCGUGAAAUGUCAAUGGAUGAAAUCAUAAAUGGUUCAACUAAUUUUAUUGGUUUAAAAUCUUUAGUUGUUAAUUAUUUAAAUUCAUUUGAAGAUAUUGAUACAUCAACAAGACAAACGAUGGAUAAUUAUCUUCAAUUUAUUUCUCAACGUGCUAAUGGAACAAUAUUAACAAAUGCAAUGUGGAUAAGAGAAUAUGUUAAAAAUCAUCCAUUAUAUAAACAUGAUUCAAUAGUGAAUGAACAAAUUCAAUAUGAUUUAAUAUGGUUAAUUCAACAAAUAGCUAAUCAAAAACAAUCAGUUCCAAAUACUCAACCAUCAUAUAACAAACUUUAA